UCUCUAUCGUUAGUUAGAGAUACCUAUACUUAUAAGAGGUUAAAACAUAUCGAUAUUAUAUACUAUUAUAUUAGAGACUUACACCGGAGAAACAGAAUUAAUGUCGAGUUUAUAGGAAUAAGAGACAUAGUUAUAGACGGCUUUAUAAAGCUAUUGCCUAAGCCGGACUUUAUAAGAUUUAUUAACUAG